CCCUUCAAUCUAAUAAUUCAGAAGCUAGUUCUUGGAUUCUUUAGUUCUAGCUCUUUUGCCCCUUUUGAACUUUUCCCUUUGGUCUUUUCUCUUCUAUCUUCGAUGCACCCCCCCGCCACCCCGACGACACCCUACCCCUUAGCAAAAACAUUCACAUUACUCGCCUAACUCUUUAAGUCAAAACUAAAAUUUCUUCUCUACAUAUACCCAUUACCUCUCUUUACUUCCUCAUCCCAAAAACCUCUACUUAUAUAUAUACACUACAACAAAUUUUAGUAUUAGUGACGAAUACUUUCGUCCCUUUUAAACUCAUAUUUGGCACAAAAAAAAAAUAGUGAAAAAUGGGAAGCAAUUUUUUCAUCAAUGACAAUCAAGAUGUACUUAUCGAGAUAUUGAAGAGGCUGGACGGUCGAUCGUUGGGAGUAUGUGCGUGUGUAUGCAAGCUCUGGUGCGGCAUUACUCGGAACGAUUCACUAUGGGAGCACCUCUGCUUCCGCCACGUGUCUCCACCACCGGAAGGUGUGAGGACGGUGGUGGUGGCGCUCGGAGGAUACCGGCGGUUGUACAUGGUGUGCGUGAGGCCAGUUUUGAAUCGAUUAAGGAAAUGGAGGCCGAUAGGUAUGGAAACGGAUGCGGAGAUCGUAAGGAGAGUUUAUUGGACUCGUCAUGAAGUCGAGUUAUCCUUGUCGUUGUUUUGUGUCGAUUAUUAUGAGAGAGUUUUGUUGGGUGGUGGUGGUGGCGCCGCUGGUGGCGGAGGAAGACACGGCGGCGGCGGCGACACUGGUUGCACGUCGUCGCUUAUGUUCCUUUGCAAGGCUGUGAAUGUUUAAAUUUGGAGAUGUACUCUCAUUAUUCUUUUAUCUUAAAUUAAAAUUACG